AUGGAACGACUUCCGAUGCUCGCCAGAUGUGGCCAUUCAUGGGUUUGUGGCUUCUGCGCCCUCACCGCCGAGGAUCGCCACUUUUUGAACUGCAACGUUUGUGGGCGGCUGGCCAGCGAAUACGUGCCGUGGACACGAUAUUUGAGCUGUCUGCUGAUUCCGAGAUGCCCAGGCUGCAAGAAGCCGGCAGAUUACGACCGAGGGAAGCAGGAGACCGCCCAGCUGAUCCUCAAGCUCCUCAAGCAGCCCGCGCUCGCCUCUUCUCGCUUGGUCAAUAUCCCCAUCGGCGCGAAGCUGGCGCUUCCGACGUGUCCAGGAUGCAAGAAACCGGCAGAUUGUAUGGAUCGUCUUCCGAUGCUAUUGAGGAACAAUCUCCUCAAAUGCGCCCUGUGCCCCCCGGACACUAACUGCCCGGAAAUCACCGGAUAUGCGGGAUGGCUGACGGGGAUCGACAAAAUCGACAAGAUUCAAAUUUAUAUGAGCGGGAAUAUCAUGGAUGGACUUAUUGCGUAUUUCAUCAAGGAGUUCGUGCCACAACUCGGAUGGAUCGAUCAGACAUACAAGGGAAUGGAUCUCAUCAUCAGGGCCAGCGAUCGUAUCGUCUCGGAUCUCGCCGCCUCGCGCCCCGAAUUGGCCGGCGAUGCGAAGGAGAAGCUGAGGGAGGAGUGCAGCAAGUUCAACGAAUCUGGCGCCCGAAAGGCCAGCGCCAAUCGCUGUGGGGUC